UGGUUAAGUUACUAAACAUUGCGAUUAUAAGAGGAAGACGGUAAUGAUGCUUAUCGGUUUGCGAUGGCUGUGUUUCGCCAGCGGAAGUUAUAACACGGUUCAUGCAACAACUGCUGCAAUUCCAAAUUCUACAUAUUAAUAGUUUCCGUCUGCAUUCCUCCGAUAGCCUAUAAAUGGUCUGCACAGGUUCCGUGACUAAUUAUUAACGAUCCCUACACUUACUUUAAUCAACGGGAUAACCUCGUAUGACAGUUUUGGUACUCCACCAGAAAUUCGGCGUUAUUCGCCUAGCCUAGUAUGCGCAUAAGUGCGUUCCGGUAGCCUGCAUCAUGACAAUUCGUUUCAACAUACUCAUCCUCUCGUGUCUCUCCUUCGUACUAGGUAGCAACGUGGAUACAUACAAGAAUACUGUUUUGUUUCCGUAUAAAGAAGCCCUGGUCUACUUCGCCGAUGCAGUAGUACAGCCGCUGGCCAGCGCACCGGUACCCACAGGAGAUUACCAAACCGACUUUACCGAAGAACUGAAGGCAUUUAUUCGGGAUUCCAAAAACUUCCACGCCAAAAUUCAUAAUUUGAGCACCGCUGCGGAAACCGAAAAAGUUAAAAUGAAUAAUGCACUGCAGCGAAAAACCAUGGAACUCAGCAGCGUUAAUACCCACCUAACUCAGAGGCAAAAUGAGCUUCGACAGAAGAAUGCCGAACUGCAAGGACAGCAAGUCCAGCUAAAUGAAGCCAACGGUCAGCUGCAACAAGCCAGACUAGAAACAGCGCAAGCACAGCGGGUAGCUGAGGAAGCGCGGCGGAAACGUGAGAGACAAAAAUUAUGUUGGAUAUUUCCUCCAGUAUGUCUUUUCUUUUUGAACCAGAAGAAGAAAGUCGCAGCGGCUGAAGCCCGGCAACGUAAUCUUGAAGCACGCGUAAGGCAGUUUGAUCAAGUGUUCCGCGCGUUGCAAACUCAGCGAAAUGCACUGCAAAAUCAGGUGCACACAAUCAACGGACAAAAGCACGCCCUGGAACAACAGCGUGCUACGCUGCAAACGCAACUGAAACAAGAAUCGGAAGUCUCAGCCGGCAUCACGCUUUUUUACGGCCAUAUGUCUAGCCUGUUCGAUCAUUCCGCCAGCUUGCAGAAUAUUGUCGACCAGCUGAUUUCCGUGGAUUUAGUUCUUGUUCCUCUGGAGCAAAUCUUCGGGAAAAUAAGUACCUUAACCGGACACCAGCAAGUUAACGAAGAAAUCUCCGCGGUAUUAAGCCGUCUCCGAAUUAAUAUGCUUUUGUUAAAAGAAACCUUAACGAAGUAUCCCUUGUUCUUGCUCAGCCAUGUUGUUCCUUAGUGACGUUUUGCUGAUAUUCCUCGUUCGUGAUUUUGUAUACUCACACUAAUUUUAUUUUUGAAAGGAAGUUAUAGUUUCAGCUGCAUUCCGGAAAUCAGCGAUCUUCGUGUCAUUCUAUGUGUCAUAUACUCAUGAAGUAUUAAUGUACAACAGGUUUUGCU